ACAGCAUUGAAAAGUUACAUAUACUUAGCUAGCCCUGUUUCUUUUUCCAAUUACCAAAACUCAUUACAUACAAAGAUAUCAUGUCACUCAUUCCUAGUAACAUCUUUGUUGGUCACUACGAUCCUUUCUGCCACAAUGUUUGGGACCCAUUUGAGGAAUUUCACUAUGGAGGCCCAAUGAUCAUCCCACACCAUGCUUUCCCAAGUGAAGCAACCUCCUUGGUGACCUCAAUGACCGACUGGAAGGAGACCUCAGAUGGGCACUUAGUACUCAAGGCACAUCUUCCGGGGUUCAAGAGGGAAGAAGUGAAGGUGGAUGUGGAAGAAGGUAGGGUUCUUAGUAUUAGGGGCGAGAAAAAGGUGGAGAGAGAAGAAAAUCACGACGGUUGGCACCGUUUCGAGAGGAGCAGUGGCAAGUUCAUUAGGCGUUUGAGGUUGCCUGAGAAUGCCAAGGCCGAGAAGAUGAAGGUGUUCGUGGAAAAUGGAAUGCUCACUGUCACGGUUCCUAAGGAGAAUGUGGUUAAGUACCAUCCUCAUACCAGAAUGCACUAGAAUUAUGCUGUAUGUAUAUUGUAACUUUAAUUAGUCCGGGAAGCUGGGGGUGGCCGGCUGCUUCCCCUUCACUUGUGUGUGUCUUACCUAAGCAAAUAAGGUGCAUGACACCAAUGUAGCUUUGGUUCCAUGUAAUGAAACAAUAAUUUAAUUAGUCCUAGCCACAAAAUUAAUGUGUGA